AUGCACGCCUCCACUACCAGUACCAAGCCAAAGGUCAUUGGUAUCUAUGGAGUGCCUGGGGCAGGCAAAACCUUCUUGUUCAAUCAGUUGAAGCACGAGCUUGGUGAAGCCGAUUUCUACUUCUUCGAAGGAUCCGAGGUCAUUGCAGCUCUUGUUCCGGGAGGUCUGGUGGCCUUCAAGCAGUUGGACGACCAGGAGAAAACGAAGUGGCGCGAAGAGGCAAUAUACAGCAUCGAAAAUGUCUGUAGAGCCACCAGAAAGACUGGGAUUGUUACAGGUCACUUCAUGUUCUGGCGGGAAGGAGAGGAGGAGGGAGAGAUGGUCUACACUCCAAGCGACUUGAAAACGUACACCCACAUCGUUUACCUGGACGUUCCCGCUGACGUCGUCGAGCAACGACGUCGGGAUGACACGGAACGAUCGCGACCGUCUGUAACGACAGACCAUCUGAUGAGAUGGCAGCAGGCCGAAAAGGACAGGCUACGCGUACUCUGCCGGGAGAAUUCCAUCUUGUUCUCGGUUCUCGGCCCGCACCGGUCAUCAGUGGGUACGAUCUCGGCGCUGUUGCGGGAUUUUCAUCGACACACGGAAGAACACAACUUAUCUUGCGCCGAAGCCAAGCUGGACGAAAUCAUGUCGCCCCGCAAAGAGCGGCUGGAAACGGUUCUUGUCGUGGACGGCGAUCGGACGUUGGCCCCGGUCGACACUGGGGCGUUGUUCUGGGCUCAACUUACAGCAUCCCAGGAGCGAGCGCGCGGAUCAUCCCCUCUCAAAUCUCUUUUCAGCAGCCCUUUGGGGCACUCAUAUGAUGCCUUUCGACAAGCCGCCCUGCUGUGCGAAGACGCCGUCGAUGAUCAAGAGUACGAAGCGCUGUGCUCGGAUGUCGCUUCACAAGUUACAAUGUACCCGGAAUUCACGACGCUUCUGCAGCUGGCGUCGCGACAAGAGCAUAUUGGCGUAGUCGUUGUCAGCUGUGGCCUUCGACGCGUGUGGGAGAAAGUGAUGGAAAGAGAAGGGCUUUCAAGCACAGUCAAGGUUAUCGCUGGCGGCCGUGUUUCAGACGGGUUCGUAGUUUCCGCAGCAGUCAAGGCUGCCACGGUGAACCAUCUCCGGAAGUCCCAGAAACUAAACCAGGAGCAAGGCAUGGACGAGGCGCUACCAAUUUUCAUCCGCAACCACGGCUUCCGGGCUCAUCAGCUUUUGCUGCCCCGUAAUGCACCGCCACGACUCGACAUCACCACGCUUCCCCUUAUCACCGAGCGUGAUAUCAUCGAAAAAAUACUCUGCAGAAGAAAGGUUCCCAUAGCCAAUUUCGCCACUAUUGCAACGAACAAGACGUCAGCAAAAUUGCUCGCAACCCCUAUGCGCAAUUCCGCCAUUUCUGGUCCAACACUUCAGGAGGCUCAUCGCCGUGCUGGAGCAUACCUUGCAACCGAAUUUGUUGCCAGCAUCAUCGGCCUGGAAGAGUAUGAUACUCCUCAUGUCAUGGGCCAUCAGAGCACUGGAUACCGGCUUCAACACGAAAAGCGAACCACAAUUGUGGCACUCAUGCGGGGAGGAGAACCUAUGGCAAUGGGAGUCAAUGACGUCUUUCCGCUGGCUAUGUUCGUCCACGCCAACGGGCCCGAGGAGGUAAACUCCCAUCACGUGGAAGGGCAAUCUCAAGUCCUACUGGUGGAUUCAGUGAUCAACACGGGCGAGUCCAUUGUGAAGUUUGUUCAGGCGAUCCGCCGCCUACACUCAACCAUUCGCAUCAUCAUUGUAGCUGGCGUGGUUCAGGAGCAGUUCAUCGAUCCAAACAGCGAAUCCUACGAGAUUCUCGCUGGGGAUGGAAAGGUCAAUCUUGUUGCCCUCCGGCAUUCCAGCAACAAGUUCACAGGCAGCCGUGACACCGAUACAAGCAAUCGUCUUUUCAACACCACCCAUCUACUUUGA